UCCCUCUACCCAAUUUCGUCUCUUCUAGGCCUACUUUGGGGCUCUGUGGGCUUAUUGGUCGGGGGAUGUUUUCUCUUCUAUGGGCACAUCACCUGAGAGGCCUUCAACAGCCCCUUUGCUUUUGCUGGACCCUUGAAAAUAUCUGUGUCACUCUCAGCUCUCUCCCACUUCACACUCUCCCUGGCCGAUUAAAAACAAAGCCGAACAAGAUAUGAUAAGCUUAGUCCGGGCUUCUUCUCAAUUCCUCGCCAAAUCAUCGUCUCUCUUCCUGAAUCAGAUCACUCGCUCUCAGCGCCAAUACUUGCGCAGCUUCCCUCUCUUUAAAACCUCGAAGUCCACUCUCUCUCUCAGAACCUUCGCGAUCAUGGCUAGUUCGGACGAGUUCGUCAAGGGAAGUGUUCACCCUAACGGCGUCGCAGUGAUCACCCUCGAUCGUCCCAAGGCUCUCAAUGCAAUGAACCUAGAUAUGGAUAUAAGGUAUAAAAGUUUUCUUGAUGAAUGGGAAUCAGACCCAAGGGUCAAAUGUGUUCUGAUUGAUAGCAGCUCCCCUCGUGCCUUUUCUGCAGGAAUGGAUAUUAAAGGGGUUGUUGCAGAGAUUCUAAAGGACAAAAACACACCUCUUGUCCAGAAGGUAUUCACUGCUGAGUAUUCUCUGAUAUGCAAGAUUUCUGAGUAUAAGAAGCCAUAUAUAUCCUUCAUGGAUGGCAUAACAAUGGGCUUUGGAAUAGGCCUAUCUGGUCAUGGCCGCUACCGGAUCAUAACAGAGAAAACUCUUCUUGCCAUGCCAGAAAACGGAAUUGGCUUGUUCCCAGAUGUUGGGUUUGCACAUAUAGCUGCACAGAGUCCAGGAGAAGGAUCAGUUGGUGCGUACCUUGGAAUGACUGGAAAAAGGAUUUCUACACCCUCUGAUGCACUAUACAUAGGUCUUGGUUCACAUUUCGUGCCAUCCGGGAGCCUGGGUUCUUUAAAGGAGGCCCUUUUGGCAGCUACAUUUUCUGAGGAUCCACAUCAAGACGUCAAAACCCUUUUGGCAAAAUACAGCAGUAACCCUGAGCCUGAGCCCCAGUUAAAAUUGCUUUUACCUCACAUUAUUUCAUCAUUUGGUGCAAGUAAAUCAGUUAACGAGACAAUCGAGGAACUGAAAAAGCAUCAGCUGAGUAGCGAAUCUGCUGUGGUAGAGUGGGCUAAUGAAGCUCUUCAAGGACUUGGAAAAGGUGCUCCUUUCUCGCUUUGCUUAACACAAAAGCAUUUUGCUAGAGUUGCAUCUGCAUAUGGAAAAAAUGACAAUGAAUUAUCCACACUAAGCGGUGUGAUGAAAACUGAAUAUCGCAUUGCCCUGAGGUCUUCUCUGCGGAAUGACUUUGCUGAAGGUGUCCGGGCGGUUUUGGUGGACAAGGAUCAGAACCCAAAGUGGAAUCCUUCGAGUUUGGAGGAAGUCAAUCACAGUGAGGUGGAAAGUCUAUUUGACCCAUUGAGCCCAAAAGCCGAGGAGCUUAGAGUGUGAUGGAUCCUGGAUGCAACACAGCUUUACUAGUCCGUCCUUGUUGCAUCAUAUAUCUUUCUACCGAGGAAAAUAAGAUUAGUUCACAUAAAGAAAAGCCAUCCAACUAUAAGUAUGGUAUUCUUGUGAAUAUGGAGAUUUUGAUUAGAUGAUUUGUGAAAUUGGAAAACAUUCCCAAGAGUUCAUGAAAUUGUCAGAUGGACCUUACAAAUGAAUGUUACUGUUUCUUGAUCCAUUUAUGUAUUCUAAAAAGUCCAGGCUCUGAAGAACCUGUUCGAAAAUAUUCAAACGGUUUUAUGUCCCUUAAUCUCAUAUGAUCUAUUUGUUCAGGACUUCA